GGACGAAGAAGAGCUGGGGAAGAUGGCGGACGCUGUGAGUGUGUUCGGAGGAAGAGCUCCAGCUGAAGUGCAGCAGCUGGCGAAGCAUCUGAGGAGUCUGGACAGAGACACUCUCUCACAGAUGCUCAGCGCGGUGCUGAGGGCCGUGGACGGUCUGGACUGCAGUGAGUCUCUGAGACUGAUCUCAGAGAGCGGCUUGGUCUCAGAGGACAGCUUUAACCACGCCGUGGCUGGACUGUACGCUCUUCUCAAAGAAGCUCUGUGUCUGCCAUCCCUAAGACAAGAGGUUUUUAAUGAGGAUCUCCGAGCGCUUCGGGUUUCUGAGGAGUUCAUCGCAGAAGUGUCCAGUGCUGUGUUUGGAAGCAGGCAGACCUCCAUCAAUAUCAGUGACACACAUCGAGGCCCGACUCUGGCAAAGAUCCAGGACUUUAAAUGGAGAGUUGAUGUUGCCAUUUCCACAAGCUCGCUGUCUCGAGCUUUGCAGCCCUCCAUUCUCAUGCAGAUGAAACUGUCUGAUGGCCAUUUGCAUCGAUUCGAGGUUCCAGUUGUCAAGUUCCAGGAACUUCGUUACAAUGUUUCUCUAAUUUUGAAGGAAAUGAAUGAUAUAGAGAAGAGGAGUAUUCUGAAAAUACAAGACUGAUGGAUCAUAUUAUCAUAUUCUAUUGCAAGACGAGAUAUCGGAUCUUUUAUUUGAUUUACACUUUUCUAAUAUUUGGUAAAUUGUAUUAAUUGUGCUGAAUUUAUUUGUAUAAACCAUUUGUUUCCUUUGUACUUGGUCAGCCAAGCUUAAUUGUGUGAAACUGUCUUGUUUGUCAGCAGUGCUUUGUCAACACAUUUUUGUUCUAUAUUUUGUAAAAACAAAAGCCUGUCGUCUUGUGUUUUCUGAAGAUCUGCAGUGGUUUUGCAUGCGUUGAAUCCUUGUACAGGCAUGAAGUGUAGUCUUGCAGUCAUGCUGCAGUACAGAAGGGUUGUGGUGAAUGUCAGCUUCACAUCAUGUGUGUGUGUGUGUGGUCGAGUCACAUCUGUGAGGUGAGAAAGCUGUGGGUGCCUCAGAUGGUGUGCAGGGCUGAGGGAAGUGUGCUCGUUAUACUCACAGCUAAUGAGCUGCAGCAGUAACAAAGACUCGUUUAAAAAGCACCCAUAUGAGGAAUCAGCAUGUUAAAACAAAGCCUUGUUCAAAGAAGAGCUAACAAGUGAAGAGUGUUGUAAUACAAUUCCUGUUUAUCUCCUGAUGACGACUCGGAGACCUCAAGCAGCCUUGGCCUUUUUUUUGCUCAACCAGUUAAAUAUCCAGCAAUGAAAAAACUGCUUAAUUUUUGUAACCGUCCUUUAGAACAUUUGUAUUCAAUGAAUCAAAAUAUUUCCUGCUCUAAAGACAUUAAAGAUAUUCGUCUUUUUAUUGUCGUGGGUUUUUGGUUUUGUUUUUUAGAAGGGGGUGAGUUUUAG